UCAGUGUCGGUCAUUUAGCCACCAAUCAAUUUUCUAACCUGUAAUUAUUUUACGUUAAAAAUGUCCGAUAUUAUAAUUUCGUGUAAAGCGUAUUGUAAAAUAAUUCUACACGCCGCAAAGUAUCCACAUUGCUCAAUUAAUGGAGUGUUGUUAGCCAAGUCCUCGACAAAAAAAGAAAUCGAGUUCGUCGAUGCCAUUCCAUUAUUUCACAAUGCCCUGAAUCUAAUUCCGAUGGCAGAAAUCGCAUUGGCCCAAAUUGACCAAGUUGCAUCACGACAAGGUCUUGUGAUCGCCGGUUAUUAUACUGCACACGAAAAUCUUCAACAGAACUCCUUGGAAAAAGCAUAUCACCGAAUAUCAGAGAAAAUAGCUGAGAACUUCAGUGGUGCUUGCCUCUUUGUGGUAGAUAAUCGUAAACUUAGCAACCAGUUAGAUAGCCUUGCGUUGAAGGUUGCUCAAUUUAGUGAUGGCAAAUACAGAACGGUUGACGUUAAUAACAUAUUAUUAGAACCGAGCCAUACAUUAAAUGUAUGCACAUCUUUAUUAGAGCAGAAAUCGUAUAAAUCGCUAGUUGACUUCGAUAAUCACCUCGACAAUGUAUCGCUGGAUUGGAUUAAUAAUGCUAUCAAUGAAGAAAUUGAAGAAAUCAUGUAGAUUUUUACAUGUAACUUGUUGUAAUAUUAAAUUCGAUGGUUACGUUAAAUGUUAAAUUUUCCUAUUCUAUAAUUAAGUUACUUGUGUUGGUACAUAGUACGUAUUCUGUUGAGAGUUGAUGUUCCAAUGGGUAACAAAGUAUUUUGUUUUUAUGCUUAAAAGUAUUAUAAGUGAUGUUGUACCUAUCUAUUUUAAGUGGCUUCAUUAAAUUUGAUUAUAAUGUG